UUUCAGUUGGCCUUGAAAUAGACAAAACAAAAAUCGUGUACAGCAGAGUGUCUCUUAAACUUUGAAACCACAUGUUGGAUUGAUAUCCCAUUAACCACAAGCAAUUUUUCAACUUAGAGGCACAAGACUUACUCAGGAUAACGCGAUUGAAAAUUUAUUCUCAGCCACUAGGAUCAUUCUAGCGUUUCAAUUUGGUAUUCUUAUAUGGCUCAAAAGUCUUGGUAUUCUGUAGAAGGAUAUUUCAAAGAAAAUUCAGUGUGUGACGCAGUGCAGGGCGAGUAAGUCGAAACAGCGUUAGCUGUUUCACUUGCUGAUUAAUCGUUAAAAUUUGAAAAGAGGAACCUAAUUUGUUUUUUUUAAUUAAAAAAAAUAUUAAUAAAAAAUGCUAAACUAUACAGCUACAUCAAUUUGACGAGAUUGACAAUGAUGUCAAAUUUUCACGUUUUUUUUAAUGUGUCCAUCGGAUCGGAAAUGUUUUCAAAUGGACCGGCCAUUGUGUUGCUGGGACUUUUCAUCAUCUUAUCAGCACCUCAAAUUGCCAAACUCCAAAGUGAAAGCCUUGAUGCUGUCAAAAUGUUUCCAGAUGUGGAAGAGCAAGUGAUUGAAGCUGGUUCAACCCUUAUAAUUAAGUGCAUCAUAGAUAGGAAGAUAAUAACAUCUUUAAACAUUUUUCCUUUUUGGUCGCUUCCACAAAUCGCAGAAAAUAAAACAGUUUGGAAUGUCAUUUAGAUAAGCAAAGUCGGCUGUUAAUUCAAACGUGUUUUUCCACCACACCUUUCGGCCACUGUCAAACGCCUGAAGAAAAUUUCUUAUAACAAUCAAACACAUACGACAUUGAAAAUCAAUUUAAUGAACACUACGCCAGAAGACACGGGCUAUUUCAAAUGCCAUACUCACUUUGGCUUAUUGGAACAAUACGUUUACAUUUCCAGUUUGGUCACGAAAAACUCGUUUUUAUUGAUAGAUUUAAUUUCAAACCCUGGUUUCCUUUUCCUACUUUUUCUGCUGAACCGGAGGUACCUAUCAACAUCCCAUGUAAAACAACUCAUCCCAACGUCACCAUCUCACUGUUCCAUCUCCAUCAGACAACAGAAAUAAUUUCAGAUGACGAAUUCUUCUAUAACGUUGACAAGGUAAUUGGGUUAAAAGGUAUAGAAGAAGAUGCUUUUUCGGACGAUAAUGUAAGUAUGGCCAGAAGUAUUUCAUAUUUAUUUAAAAUAAGAUAUGGGAUUCGUUAGACCAAUCAAAUAAUUCGAGAUGGUCAUUCAACUCUAAAACGGGACAGACGCUGAAAAAACCGCUUUUCGAUGAUGAGUCAGAAUAUAUGUGUGUUGGCUCAGUGGAUAUGGAUUCCGUCAACGGAAAACACGUCAAUAUAUCUCAUGAUGAGAAACACAAAGAAUUGUUGGACUGGUACUUCCCACACCGUAAAAUCCAUGCUACAGACGCAGAAUCAUUUUAUCUAUUUAUUAUAGGAAUCCAAUUGGAAAGUCUGAAAGUACCUGACGACCCGUUUAAAGGAUCCAAUGUUACUUUAAUUUAUAGAACUACCUACAUACCUUCUUUGCCUCUCCCCACCUGGUCCUAUCAGAUAAACACAAACGGAGAAAUGCGAAAAUUUAACGAGUCUUAUCUACCUCAAGGCAUUCAAUUAAAAACGGAAAAUAUAUCAACAAUUAACAAACAUAUAUAUUAUUACGAAAGUAGGUUGCAACUGUUUGACUUAAAUCUAACUUCUCCAUACACAUACUUACAAUGCAACAGAGAUAACGAAUCAAAAGAGAUUUCAAUUACAAUAAAAGAAAUCACUUAUGAACCAUUGAAUAAUACUGUGAAGUUAGAAAAAAGAAUUGCACACAACUUGACUUGUAACCGAUUAUCAAAAAAUGUUGUCAUACAAUGGCUCAAAGAUGGCAAGGGAUAUUAUGACAUAGUCUACGAGAAUAAUACCGCAUCCGUUUUCCAACUACAAGGAAAUUCUAACGAAGAGGGAACUUACGAAUAUCGAUGGAACAACAGCCGAGGUGAAGCGAGAAAAAAACUGUUUACCGUUAGUAUUGAUGACGAUCUAUAUAUGGAAACAUCAACUAGCACUAUUAUCACAACCGUUUGUGUAUUUCUGAUUGCAUUAGUUGCAAUUGGAAUAGGAAUUAAAUUUGACCUUGACAAAAAAAAGGUGGAAAAAGAACUUGAAAAAAUGCUGAAUGGAGAUCCAAAUAGAAUGGACCCAGGAGUGCCAGUGGAAUACCACACGGAAUUCCUGCCCUAUAAAAAGAAAUGGGAAUUUUCAAGGAAAAGACUAAGGCUCGGUCAAGAACUCUGUACCGGUUGCUUUGGUCGAGUUGUCAGAGCAGAGGCCGUGGGCAUAAAAAAUUAUGACACAACUUUCACAACAAGAGCAGUUAAAAUGAUUAAAUCACAAAAAAUUUUCACAGCGCAUUUGACGCUCUUAUAAGAGAAUUAAAAAUUCUAAUUUAUUUAGGACCGCACUUAAAUGUUGUCAAUUUAUUGGGCGCUUGCACUAAAACUAACCUCAAAGAAGAAGUUCUGGUUAUAAUUGAUUUCUGCCGAUUCGGUAACUUACAGUCGUACUUAAUUAAAAAUAGGGACAAUUUCAUCAACCAAUGAACUGUAAUUACCAAUAUUAAACCUGACAGCAUAAUGGUGAAAAUCGCAACAUCCGCAAAUCAAUCAGAUGCAAAUAAAUUAGCGAAAGACUAUCGAGACGGAGAAACGAACUUAACCCUCAAAGUUUCGGAAUUUUCUAGGCACGCAAAUAAGCCAAGCCAGCACUGGAUACUAACAAUAUGACAUUACCAGAACAGACCUACAAAUACGGAGAAGAUUCUGACGAAACUUUGAAUCAAAUGACAAAAACGACCGAUUUGAUCUCAUGGUCAUUACAAAUUGCCCGUGGGAUCGACUUCUUGGCCAG